AUUAGGUGCCAACUUAGUCGUCCGUGCUGAAAUCAUUUCUAUUUGCUACUUUAAAAUGUCUGCUAAACAAAUCAUUACACGUCUUGGUGUAAAGAAAAUUAUGCUAAGAAUUAUUCUUUCCAUCUAAUCUUUUACUGUUUAUUAGACAUUAUUUAUUCCUCGUAUGAAACCCAUUUUAGAUCACUAAUAAGACUUUUGCAAUCGAAUCUCUUGAGAGAACUUCUGACAAAAUCAACUCAACUUUGUGAAUCAGAAUGGAGAUGUCUCAAACUGAAUGGGAGGAAAUACUAGGAAGCAAUCAAUGGGAAGGCUUGCUCGAACCGCUUGACUUCAACCUCCGGAACCUGAUUAUCCGGUGUGGCGAUUUUUGUCAAGGAACAUACGACUCAUUCGACAGCGAUGAACACUCUAAAUACUGCGGUAGCAGUCGUUUUGGCAAAAAUGGGUUUUUCAAGAAAGUUGCUAAUAAAUUGGCAGAAAAUGAUUACAUCGUCGAUUCGUUUCUCUACGCAACAUCGAAAAUCAACCUUCCUAAAGCUUUCUUAAGUUUUUCGUUCUCGAAUGAAGCUUGGAGCACUGAAUCUAAUUGGAUCGGUUACAUUGCAGUCAGCACUGACGAAGCUAGUGAAAGAUUAGGAAGACGGGAGAUAUAUGUAGCCUGGCGUGGAACGAUAAGAACACUUGAAUGGAUGAAUGUUCUUGAGGCUGUGCAGACAUCGGUUAAGCCGUUAUUGAAGCCGGAACUGGAAGCUACUAGAGUCGAGGAAGAGCGCCAUCACCAUUGGUAUGAUUUCUUCACCGGCAAAAAUGAUAAUGAUGAUGAUGAAGAUGACGACGCAGAUGACGAUCAACCCAAAGUUAUGAAAGGUUGGCUUGCAGUGUACAACUCCGCAAACCCAAAUUCUCAGUUCACAAAGUUAAGUGCAAGAACCCAGAUACUUGCAAAGAUAAGAGCACUGGUAACCAGGUACAAGGACGAGAAUGUAAGUGUAGUACUUACAGGUCACAGCCUGGGUGCAAGUUUGGCGAUUUUAAGCGCCUUCGAUUUGGUCGAGAACGGGUUAUCUAAAAUACCGGUGACGGCUAUUGUAUUCGGCUCCCCACAAAUUGGGAACAAUGCUUUUAACGAGAGGCUGAAGACGUUUUCUAACCUGCGGAUCUUGCAUGUAAAGAAUGAAAUCGAUCUUAUAACUCAUUAUCCUAGUAGGUUAUUGGGGUAUGCUUACACCGGUGUGGAGCUUGAGAUUGAUACUCGUAAAUCCAACAGUUUGAAGGACUCGAAAAAUCCAAGUGAUUGGCAUAAUCUACAAGCUAUUCUCCACAUAGUUGCAGGAUGGAACGGGAAAGACGGAGAAUUUGACUUGAAAGUGAAGAGAAGUGUUGCAUUAGUUAACAAAUCGUGUGAUUAUUUGAAGGAUGAAACUUUAGUUCCAGGCUCAUGGUGGGUAGAGAGGAACAAAAGAAUGGUGCUUAGUGAAGAUGGGGAAUGGGUUAUGGCAGUUCCGGAUGAAGAGGAUUUACCUGCACUUGAAGAGUACUGAUGUGUUUACCUGGUAAUUUCAUUUAUUUUGAUGUUUGCAUUGCUAUAAACUGCUGAAAGGGUUUGUGAGUCUUUGUUGAAUUCUCUUGUGGCCUUGUGGAAUAAGGCGUUAUUGUUGCAUGAAGACUUUGGUGUUUUUUGUUAUGUUGGUCUGUCUGCCGAAAUUGGUUUCGAUUCCAGGAAUGACUCUGCCAUUGUAAAUAGGGGGGCAUUUGCUCUUUGUUGGUUGGCCUUUUUAAAGCCUGCAAGUCCUGAUUUUGUGUAUUAUUAUACUGAUUCCGAAACUCCUUGGCAAAUAUGCUUGUAAAAGAGCCAAGUUUUUUGAAUGAUGAUUCAAAGGUCUUUAUUUUGUCAAGACCUUAGUUCUUUUGUUGUAGGUUAAAAUAUGGAAUUCAACUAACUAUUCAAG